UGUGGAGCCCAGUGCGGGGCUCGAGUUCAUGAUCGAGCCGAAAUCAGUUAGAGGCUCAACCGACUGAGCCGCCCAUGUGCCCUAAACGCGAGUUUUUGGUCCACACGUUUACAGGUUUCUGUGGGAGACACCUAGGAGCUGGAUCGCUGGGUCACAGCAUUUGUGCGUGGUCGGUUUCGGUCGAUGCCGCCUGAUGGUUUUUGAGUGAUUGUAGUGAUGUUAGUGAUCUCGUGCUACGUGUCAUUUCCAGUUGCUCCACGUCUUCGUCAGUCCUUGUUUUUGUCUAUUUUAGCCUUCCUAGUAGAUGUCAUUUUACUUUUCUGGAGCAGUAUUCUUUGUUUCCUGUUUAUCAUAACUUGCAUUUGCACAACAACUCUGUAGGAAUGAAAAGCAGCCUUAUCUUUGGAGGGAGGCUCGAGCCGAGUGACAGCGUGUCCGGUGUGCGGAGACCUUACUGACCCCUUGGCAGGACCGGCGCUCGGACGCCUCGUGACCGCCAGGCCCGCUUUCAUCACUGCCUCCCUAACCUGGGACCAAUGCCCCGUGCUUUAGGCUGAGCAGACCCAUUUUUAAAGAUAUGUACAUAAGAAAUAGCAUGUUCUGCACACACAUGCUUCGUUGGAAAUUGGGGCAGACUGUGGGACGGGGCCGCCGCAGCGCGUGGCCCUCUGGCUCCGCGUGGCGGCUGCUGCGGUGCCGACACGAACCUGGAGAUGAGAAGCAGUCUCGGCAGCAGACACGGCAAGGAAGACUGUUGCCCGCGGAAAAUGGAGUUUUAACAUUGAAUGCGGAGAACACUAAUUAUGCGUAUCAAGUCCCAAACUUCCAUAAGUGUGAGAUCUGUCUGCUCUCUUUUCCAAAAGAGUCCCAGUUUCAACGCCACAUGAGGGAUCACGAGCGAAAUGACAAGCCACAUCGAUGUGACCAGUGCCCCCAAACAUUUAAUGUUGAAUUCAACCUGACACUUCAUAAAUGCACCCACAAUGGGGAAGACCCUACCUGUCCUGUGUGUAACAAGAAGUUCUCCAGAGUGGCUAGUCUCAAAGCGCAUAUUAUGCUGCAUGAAAAGGAAGAGAGCCUCAUCUGCUCGGAGUGCGGGGAUGAGUUCAGCCUGCAGGGCCAGCUGGCCGUCCACAUGGAGGAGCACCGCCAGGAGCUGGCCGGCGGCCGGGCGCACGCCUGCAAGACCUGCAGGAAGGAGUUCGAGACGCCGUCCCGGCUGCGGGAGCACAUGAGGACUCACUAUAAGAUCAGGGUGUCAAGUACGAGGUCUUACAGCCGGAACAUCGACAGGAGUGGAUUCACGUACUCAUGCCCACACUGCGGAAAGACAUUUCAAAAGCCCAGUCAGUUAACCCGGCAUAUUAGGAUACACACAGGUGAAAGGCCAUUUAAAUGUAGUGAAUGCGGGAAGGCUUUCAACCAGAAGGGGGCGUUGCAGACGCACAUGAUCAAACACACAGGAGAAAAGCCCCAUGCCUGUGCCUUCUGUCCUGCUGCCUUUUCUCAGAAAGGGAAUCUGCAGUCACACGUGCAGAGAGUCCACUCCGAGGUCAAGAAUGGCCCUACCUAUAAUUGUACAGAAUGUAGUUGUGUAUUUAAAAGUUUAGGAAGCUUGAACACUCACAUCAGCAAGAUGCACAUGGGUGGGCCCCAGAACCCAGCCAGUUCUGCAGAGACGGCGCAUGUGUUAACGGCCACACUGUUUCAGACGUUACCUCUCCAGCAGACGGAAGUCCACGUCACGUCGGCGUCGAGUCAGCAGAAUUCCCAGGCAGUGACGGAUGUCAUCCAGCAGCUCCUGGAGCUGUCCGAGCCGGGCCCCGCCGAGCCCAGCCAGCCCGCUCAGCCCGGCCAGCAGCUCAGCAUCACCGUGGGCAUCAACCAGGACAUCCUGCAGCAAGCCUUAGAAAACAGUGGGCUGUCUUCAAUUCCAGCUGCCGCGCACGCUCACGACCCCAGCCACGCCAGGACGCCCCCCGCGCAGGGGCCCGCCCCGGACGCCCCCCACGCCUCCAGUGAGCAGACCCCUCCCGCCGAUGCAGAGCAAGAGAAAGAACAAGAAAGCCCAGAGAAGCUGGAUAAGAAAGAAAGAAAAAUUAUAAAGAAGAAAUCACCAUUUCUACCUGGUUCAAUCCGCGAGGAGAACGGUGUCCGAUGGCACGUGUGUCCCUACUGCACCAAGGAGUUCCGGAAGCCCAGUGACCUGGUGCGCCACAUCCGCAUUCACACGCACGAGAAGCCCUUCAAGUGCCCGCAGUGCUUCCGCGCCUUUGCUGUGAAGAGCACGCUGACCGCCCACAUCAAGACCCACACGGGCAUCAAGGCGUUCAAGUGCCAGCACUGCAUGAAGAGCUUCUCCACCUCGGGGAGCCUCAAAGUGCACAUCCGCCUGCACACAGGAGUCAGACCUUUUGCUUGUCCUCACUGUGACAAAAAGUUUCGGACCUCAGGCCACAGGAAGACCCACAUCGCCUCCCACUUCAAACACACGGAGCUAAGGAAGAUGAGGCACCAGCGCAAGCCCGCCAAGGUUCGCGUCGGCAAGGCGAGCCUUCCGGUCCCCGAUAUCCCUUUGCAGGAGCCGAUUCUCAUAACUGACGUAGGUCUUAUCCAGCCCAUUCCAAGAAACCAGUUUUUUCAAAGUUAUUUUAAUAACAAUUUUGUAAAUGAAGCAGAUAGACCGUACAAGUGUUUUUACUGUCAUCGCGCAUAUAAAAAGUCUUGCCACCUUAAACAGCACAUCAGAUCACACACAGGUGAGAAGCCUUUUAAAUGUUCUCAGUGUGGAAGAGGCUUUGUUUCCGCCGGAGUGCUCAAAGCCCACGUCCGCACGCACACGGGGGUCAAGUCGUUCAAGUGUCUGAUAUGUAACGGAGCUUUCACCACCGGGGGCAGCCUGCGGCGCCACAUGGGCAUCCACAACGACCUCCGCCCUUACAUGUGUCCCUAUUGCCAGAAGACGUUCAAGACCUCGCUGAAUUGUAAAAAGCACAUGAAGACCCAUAGGUACGAGCUCGCCCAGCAGCUGCAGCAGCACCAGCAGGCCGCGCCCGUGGACGACGGCGGCCCCGGGGACCAGCAGAGCGUGCACGCCACGACGCACAUGCAGGUGGAGAUCGAGAGCGAGGAGCUGCGGCAGGCGGCCGCCGGCCCUGCGAACCCCGAGGCCAUGCUGGACCUGGAGCCGCCGCCGGUGGUGCGCACGGAGGACGCCGGGCUCGGUCAGCAGCUGACGCACCAGCCUCUGGAAGCAGAUGAAGAUGGGUUCGUGGCCCCGCCGCCCGCCCUGCCCGCGCCCGUGGACCAGUUUGAAGAGCGGGUCCCACCGCAGUCCUUCGAGCCGACCGGCCUGUCGCAGGGCUUUCCCGGGGCGGACCCGUACGGCCAGCAGCCCGUGCUCGCGCCCGUGCAGCAGCUGCAGGCCUCCAGCGCGCUGGAGUCACAGGCCCUGGCCGCCAGCUUCCGCCAGCAGGGCCUGCUGCCCGGGCCCGGCCCCGACGCCGUCGCCGUGACAACUCGUUUGAUCCAGGAGUCGUCCCAGGAGGAGCUGGACCUGCAGACUCCGCGUCCCCCGUUCCUGGAGGCCCGGGAGGACCAGAGCCGGCGCGCCUACAGGUGUGAGUACUGCCACAAAGGCUUCAAGAAGUCCAGCCACCUGAAGCAGCACGUGCGGUCCCACACGGGGGAGAAGCCCUACAAGUGCAAGCUCUGUGGCCGCGGCUUCGUGUCCUCGGGCGUCCUCAAGUCUCACGAGAAGACACACACAGGAGUGAAGGCGUUCAGCUGCAGUGUCUGCAGCGCCUCGUUCACGACCAACGGCAGCCUCACACGGCACACGGCCACGCACAUGAGCGCGAAGCCCUACAAGUGUCCGUUCUGCGAGCAGGGCUUCCGCUCCGCCGUCCACUGCAAGAAGCACAUGAAGAGGCACCAGGCGGCGCAGUCGGCUGCGCCAGCCCCGGGGGACGCGGACGGAGGAGACAUGUGUGUGGAGGAAGAGGAAGAAAAUCCCGAGCGAAACCCGUCUCGGAAGGCUCGUCCCGAGGUCAUCACUUUCACGGAGGAGGAGACGGCGCAGCUGGCCAAAAUCCGGCCACAGGAGAGUGCGACGGUGUCCGAGCAGGUGCUGGUGCAGUCGGCGGCCGAGAAGGACCGUGUCAGCGAGAUGAAGGACAGGCAGGCGGAGCUGGAGGCCGAGCCUAAGUUCGCCAACUGCUGUUCCUACUGCCCCAAGAGCUUCAAGAAGCCCAGCGACCUCGUGAGGCACGUGCGGAUCCACACUGGAGAGAAGCCAUAUAAGUGUGACGAAUGCGGGAAGAGCUUUACUGUGAAGUCGACCCUGGACUGCCACGUGAAGACGCACACAGGUCAGAAGCUCUUCAGCUGCCACGUGUGCAGCAACGCCUUCUCCACCAAGGGGAGCCUGAAGGUGCACAUGCGCCUGCACACCGGGGCCAAGCCCUUCAAGUGUCCGCACUGCGAGCUGCGCUUCCGCACGUCUGGCCGCAGGAAGACGCACAUGCAGUUCCAUUACAAGCCCGACCCGAAGAAGGCCAGGAGGCCCGCGGCCCGGAGCCCGCCGGAGGGGCUGCAGCCCCUGAGCCUGCUCAGCCCGUCGCCCGCCGACCCCGGCGUGUUCGUCAUGAACAACUCCGUGCUCACGGGGCCGUUCGAUCCGAACGUGCUUCCACAAGGGCUGGUGGGCCAGGCCGUCCUGCCCGCCUCCGUGCCAGCUGCUGGGGACUGGACGGUGUCCGUGACCGACGGGAGCCUCGCCAGCCUGGAGGGCAUCCAGUUACAGCUGGCCGCUAACUUGGUCGGGCCGAACGUUCAGAUCUCUGGGAUCGACGCCUCCAGCAUCAAUAACAUCACGUUACAGAUUGACCCCAGCAUCCUGCAGCAGACGCUGCAGCAGGGCAGCCUGCUCAGUCAGCAGCUGCCCGGGGAGCCUGGCCUGGCGGCCCCGCACGGCGCUCUGCAGGCGCAGGACAGCACGGUCCCGGCCAGUGUCGUCCUCCAGCCCAUCCCGGGCCUGUCCUUGCAGCCCACUGUGACGUCUGCCAGCCUGACCAUCGGCCCGCUGGCGGAGCAGGACCCCGUGAUGACCACCAGCUGCAGUGGGACUCAGGACCUGUCUCAGGUGGUGACGUCACAAGGCCUGGUGUCCACCUCCAGCGGCCCCCACGAGAUCACCCUGACCAUUAACAACUCGAGUCUGAGCCAGGUGUUGGCGCAGGCUGCCGGGCCCGCCGCCGCGUCGUCCUCGGGGUCCCCGCAGGAGAUCACCCUGACCAUCUCUGAACUUAAUGCUACAACUGGAGGCCUGCCUUCGACGACACCCAUGUCCCCAUCGGCCGCAUCUACGCAGAACCUGGUGAUGUCGUCCUCAGGGGUGGGGGGGGACGCCAGCGUCACGCUGACUCUGGCCGACACUCAGGGCCUGCUCUCCGGAGGACUGGACACGGUCACACUCAACAUUGCUUCUCAGGUAGAGCACAGCCUUGCCUUCAUGGAGACUACCCCUAAUUUAUGGUUUCCUGACUCUCCCUUCUGGGGGCCGAUGAGAGGACCCCUGUGUGGAGGCACCCCGUCCCCGCUUUUGGUCGCCGUUUCUUGCCACACCCUUGCCGGCUGUGUUGUGGCCGCUGUGCCCGUUCACGUGCCGCAUGUCACCGACGUGUCCACCAGCCUGGCCCAGGGCGGGCCGCCCGAGAAGGAGGCCCGGCUGCACCAGUGCGUGGAGUGUGGCCGCAGCUUCGCGUCGGCCGCCAUGCUGCUGCAGCACAGCAAGGAGGUGCACGGCCGGGAGCGCAUCCACGUGUGUCCCGUGUGCAGGAAGGCCUUCAAGCGCGCCACUCACCUCAAGGAGCACAUGCAGACGCACCAAGCCGGCCCUUCCCUGAGCUCCCAGAAGCCGCGCGUGUUCAAGUGUGACGCCUGCGAGAAGGCGUUCGCCAAGCCGAGCCAGCUGGAGCGCCACAGCCGCAUCCACACAGGGGAGCGGCCGUUCCACUGCACGCUUUGCGAGAAGGCAUUCAACCAGAAGAGCGCGCUGCAGGUGCACAUGAAGAAGCACACGGGCGAGCGGCCCUACAAGUGCGACCACUGCGUCAUGGGCUUCACCCAGAAGAGCAACAUGAAGCUGCACAUGAAGCGCGCACACAGCUACACCGGGGCUGCGCAGGAGCCCGCGGCGGAGGAGCUGAGCCGGACGCUGCGGCUGGACGACGUGGUGCCCGAGGCCGCGGGCGAGUGGCAGGCCCUGGCCGGCGUGUUCUGACGCGGCGCCACCUCCACGGCCGCCCGCCGCUCCCGUGUUGCGAGAACGGAGCACUCGGAACUUCCGUUCUGAAGCUUCAAGUGUUAAACACGUUCCCACUGUAGUUUUCUAGCUGUCGAAUUAUCUGAGAAUCAUUGUCUUUCAGAGACUGAUAGGAAAAAACCGGGGACGGUGUGAACGCGUUGCUGUCAUUUGUCUACGAAUCACUGAGCUCAGGUGCUACCACGGCAGUCGCCCCUCCCGCUCCGCGGCCAGUGCAUCCAGUUAAAGCAGAAAUUAACUGGAUUUUGUACCAUUGUGGCGGGACUUCUUUGUCUUAGCAAAGACAGAAGUGAACCUGGGAAAAGUAAGGUAGAUUGUCCUUCAUGCUUUCUGUUGUAAGAAGCAUAGCUUAUUGAAACAAACGUAAAAUAGGUGCAUGAAGUCCAGAAAAAUGUUAGGACACAGGGACGUUUUUUUCCAUGUUUUUCCCUCUGUGCAUUUUGAGGUUAGACCCUGACUCUUUAGUCUACCGUAAGUUAACUAACUAGAACCUGGAGAGGUGGCCGGACCAGUUCUCUCUGUGUUCCGUGUACCUAAUCAUGAGCUAGAAGGCAGCAUGGGGCCGGCCGCAGGGCUGGGAGCCCGGUGCAAAGGAGGACGGGCCCCCGCGCCAGCCCGCACCCAGGUACGAGGGCUAGGCGGCUGCGGGAGGCACAAAGCCAUAUGUCACAGGCAGGGAGGGGCAGAGCGGCCCCCGGCGCCCCAGAAGUGUGUUUGUGGGUGAAAGAGGAGGCCCCGCGCGGCCCUGUGACGCUCUCUUCGCGCAUAAGCAGGUGUCCUUUUUAUUUCAGGGAGUUCUUUACUGCCAUCAAUGGUGCCACAUCGGACACGUCCCACACCAGACCCCACCCCGUGCUGGGGCAGUGCGCUGCUCCUGCAGCAUUCCAAAGAUGGAAAGUUCUUUACUUCAUGGGAAUUUCUCCUGCAAAGUUAUUUAUAUGUUCUAUAUAUAAAUACAUAUGUACAUACACAGAUAUAUGGGCCUCUGUGUGGCUGAACAGUAUAUUUUGUAAAUAGGAGCACUCGCCCCGAGUCCAGAGAGAGCAGCAGAUCAGUAUUGUAUUCCUUCUGCUCAUCAGUGGGCGUCUUCUUCAUUGUAACAUGGAGGUGGGGUUACUUUGCUUUGGGUUUUUUCUUCCUGAAAAAUGAUUGCCUUUAUUUUGUCUCAUUGCCUCCCUGGUUUCAGAAGAGAGCAGUUCUAUUACAAAUAUCGCACGGACUGUGUAUAUUAAGAGACGAGCUCAUUUCCGAUUCCUGAAGAACGAGACAGUCUCCCUGUUCUGUUUUCAAAGAGCAUCUUUUGAUUUUUGUUGUUGUUACUGUUCACCUCGGGCGUAUGUAUAUAAGUAAUAUUGUUGGUGAUAUAAAAACUUUUGUUAUGUGAAAAUAUUUAAGUCGGAAAACUGUUAAAUAAUAUGACUUUUUUUUCAAACUGCUUUGUGUAUUGUAUAUUUUUUUAAGGAAAAAAAAAGCCUUAUUUGACUUAUUCUUGUGAUGCUGGACUUCUGUAUCCUGAGGUUCUACCUGAAUGUCAUUAUGUACCCGGCGGUCGCACAUAUAUUCAGAGUCAUUGUAAUUGUGCCAGAGUUUUAAAGAUUCUGCUUUUAAUGCACUUUUCUUUUAUAAUUUUGUAUUAAAAUAUUUUAGAAAUGUUGAUUAAUUUUGGUGACCAGAGAUCUCCAAAGUUGGAAUUACUGCAUUUAAGAAGUUUUGUUCUCGCUAGGUUAUUUAUUUUGGUUGUAGCAUUAAAUGCCAUCUCUCAGGACAGUCUCCAAAAGGGUUUGAUCCCUGCUUGUACAGAGAGUGUGGUUGGUGAGCGGCCGGUUGAAGUGAGGCCUUACCAGGUGACUCUAAAGCUUUUAUUGUCGUCAAAGAAAACGAAGAACAAUCUACCAAUAACUCAUUUUAUGAGUUUUCUCAAUCUGUUAGCUCCGCGGGCAAACGUCAGACAUUGAUAUGUUUUUUUCAUUUACUUCCUGAUUAUAAAAGCUGCUUCUUUGCAAAACAUUCCUUGAAAAUACAAGGUUUUGUAAAGACACAAUUCCACUUGAACCUUUGGUGGAGUACAGGUUGAUCUUUAUAUUUUACUGGUUAAUAAAUGUCUUCUGACAAGAGGUUUCCAGCGUCCUGCAUAACCAGGGUUUUGAGAACAGAUAACUGUAUUUUUAGAAAUAUCUCCUCAUAGCGUACCUGCUUUGGAAUAACAAUAAAUAAAAAAUGAAGUUAGGAAGUGU